UGAACAUUGCAGUUAAGAAGAUGGUGAAUUAAAAGUACUCGCGUAUCGACACAAAACGAGAUAGAAAUAGCCUAUAGUGAGUACACGGAAAAUCUCAUUGCACGAGGCGUCUGUAAGUAAGUACAUAAAUACGUCUUCUAUCUCUCUGAUAAUCGAUUGGAAACCUUCACGUUUUUUUCAUAGAUGCCUUCACAGAUUUGUUCAGUUCUGUAAUAAGUAUAAAAUAUUUACUUAGUAAUUGGCAUUGCUUAACGAAGAACGUUAAAAUUGACAAUUGUUAGUGCAUUAUAUAACGUCGAGUCGGGGAAUUUUAGCCAGUAAUAGAAUAUUAUAGGCGAAAGUAUAUACGGUGCGUGUACCUAUAGCAACAUUUAUUACCGAAUGUUACGGCCCCUGAAAGAAUUCUCAUUUCGAACAAUAACUUGAUGGUAAUAGUCCAAGUAACGAUCAACUCGUCAGUCAAUGGUUAUAUCUCGGCUAAACAAUUUUUUGCUCCAUCUCUUCAACAUUCGAUUACGAGGAAAAUGGAAAUCGAAUAAUUCGCGCCGAUACGGAAGUCGAUCGUUGUUGUUGACAGACAACAAGAGAUGUCAGGUACAGUCAACGACAGUUUGCUUUUCGCGCCAUCACUAUGUCUAACCUGUAUGGGAUGCGUGCAGUAUCGUGAUCUUUUUCGAAGAAAUAAAGGCAUCCUUUGGUUAAAAAAUAUUACAAUCCAUUUCUACGACAUUUCUCGUAUACAGUUUAUCUCGAAAAAUGGAAGAAGUAACGAAAUGUAGAUACAUCGAUUGCUUGGACAGUCGUGAAAAGGAGCAAAUACUUCACGAACUUCCCGUUUGUGAUACCAGUCUCUGUGUGAGGUGGUUGAUCAACAGUGGUCACGUGGACCUAAUAGGAAAAGAUUUGGAUGCUUUACGGUCUAUGAAAUUUUUUGUGUGCAACAAUCACUUUACCGAAGACUGUUAUCUCAGCAAAGGCACUUUAAAAGAAAAUGCAGUUCCCUCGCCACAUUGGAGCAACCUUUCGAGGACGUUAAAAACUGUGAAAACGCAACGGAAAGUUCAAGCAAAUGGCCAAGAAAGUUCAAUAGAAAGUACAGAUGCUAGCCACACUUCAGCAAAAAAUUGCCCUUCGGAAUUCGAAGCUAAUCAGUGGUGUAGAACUUGCGCUACGAAGAAAAACAAUCUUGUAAGUAUGACAAGCAAAGGAAAGGGCACAGAGAUGAGUCUUCUAUCGAAACUAAAACUUUUGAUAGAAAUUGACGACGAGGAUGCCCUGCCAACAAAGAUGUGCGACGAAUGCGUAGAUAAAUUGGAGCAGUCUUUCAAGUUUUUCCAACAGAUAUAUGUAGCUGACAAUACGUUGCGCCAUGUGUUUCCAAACGCGCGUACAAAUAACGUGUCAAGAAAACCUUUAUAUUCGCUCGGUGAGCAUCUGAAAAAGGAGCAGAGGGAGAAGGAGAAGGAGAAGGAAAAGGAGAAGGAGGAAGAGUUGGGUGAUUAUAAUCCGAAAGUCACUCGUGGCUUGUUCAGGCGAGGACGAGGUAGACCGCGUACUCGAGGAUACGCCGGCAGGGCAAGAGGAAGGCAAAGAUGGAGCCACAGAACGAGUCAGAUCGCAAUGUCGGUUCCGCAAAGCAUCAGUCGUCUGGACAACGUGGUUUCAAGCUCGAUGUACGAUACUGGCGUCGAAAAGUCGGAAGCGUUACCCAAGGACGAGCAUAGAAACGAGAAACUGUCGGUACUUGGCGAACAAGUCGAGAGAAUUACAGUGUUUUCGUUGCUCACGGAUACUUGUCGUAGCGACGAGGAACUCGAUUGGGCGGACGUUUUAAAGGUAAUGAACUGCCAACCGUCCCGACGAAACUCUAAAUCGACUACGGACGAACCCAUUAAAAUUGAAAUUGAAACUGUAACCGAGACCGUCAAGGAAGCGCAGACAACAGCAGUGAAACAAGAGACGGAGCAGUCUACGGAGACGUUCGAGUCGGACACAGUGGACAAGAUACAAUCAACGCCAGAGAAGAAAGGGUCAGUGGCAGAGUCGAAGGUGGACUCUGUUGCGGUGGUCGAAGCCAAGUCGGAGGUGGAGAUUCCGAAUUACGAGGAAACGACGCACCAACGGGAAUGCAAGACCAUCGGAGUGUUACAUUGCGAAUACUGUAAGGAAACGUUCAAAUUGAAGCGCGAGUUACAGACACAUUUGGCGACGAACCACUCUCAAUUAUCUGGGCAUACGUGUACCGAUUGUUUGGCCCAUUACGAGAGCGAAUCGUUACUUUCGAAGCAUCGCGCGUUGCGUCAUGGACAGAGGCGAUAUCGCUGCGAGCAUUGUAAAGUAGAAUUUCUCGAGAAGAGAGUUCUCAGGGAGCACGUGAACAAGUGUCAAUUAUCGGAACGUUCAUAUUAUUCUUGCGACUCGUGUGGCGUGGUGCUCUCGUCGAAACAAGAUCUGGUAGAGCAUGUGUCGGGUCAUACCAAAAGCUCGGAUACAUCCUUUCAGUUGGACCCGAGAAACACGAAAGGAGGAACAACGACGAACGAAUCCGUUGCACCCUCGAAACCGUUUCCAUCGGAUCCAGACCGAGAAGUCUCUGUGGCCACUACGUCUUCGAAUACAACCGUACUUACCUCUAAAUCGAAUUCCAGCGACGAUACCGUUGCAAGCUUAAACAACGCGGAAAACGCGUCGAACACGAGUGUGGUGGUCAGUGCCGAGGAGCGUAUACUGGACGACAGAGAACACGCGAAAUGUUCGAACUGCAACGAAAUUACGGAAGACACGAUGGAGGCUAGUGGCGAUCGAACGCAUUGUCGGUCGAACAAGAGAAAGGACGCGACGUGUUUGGUGUGUGGCAAGAAAUCUUUCUCUUCGCCGGAAGAUUACGAACAACACGCGGUCGACCAUAGCAAAAGACCUAGAAUGUCACCGUCGUAGAAUCAAACAAGGCAUUGUGCGAUGGUGGUGUUGUUUAUUUCGACUCGUCAUUGUCGCGACAUGUCAUCUUCCGCGAUUCGCCGUUUGUACAGCGAUAGACGGGAAUCGAGAAUCGAGAUACAAAAAUGAUUUGACUAACAAAAUUACCGGCUAAGUACAUUGUUCGCGUUCACGUACGUUUCUGCGUUACACCGACCCUUCAAAAUUUCCUACUAUAUGAAAUUUCACGAAACCGAGCCGUUUCAUCGGAGCGGAUAACUUGGUAUCCGUAUUACAACACGCAAUCUACCCAAUAACUUUGCGCGUUAAUGGAACUACCUUUCACGCGUAAACGAAUAGUCGAUGCUCGCUUCAUUUCGUAUAGCAGAAAAAUUUGAGGAACUUGGUUUAAUGCACACAUACGCAUACGCAUACGCAUACUACAUACCGCACACCGCAUACCACAUACCACAUACCACAUACCACAUACACAUUCAGAUACGUAUUGCAUGCGAUAGCAAUACCGAAUGCUCGCGAACGCGACAGUGCAAGUUCCGAUUUAUUUACAGUCGGCCUGGAUAUUGGACGAAAAACUUGUAAUGUUGUCCAUUAAUAAAUAUAUAGUGUGUUUUGGGAGAAUCGCUUAGCUUCACGAGUAAAAGCUACUAUUCCUAUCCUGACGAGAUUUCGAGCGAUGCGCGCGUCGUUCGAUGAACGCGGCCAUUCGAGAAGAAGGGAUUAUCGUGCCGUUAGAUACCUGCAACGAAAACGAGAAACAUGUAUGCUCGAGGAAAACAAGUGCUACGAUAAAUCGAGUUAGGAGAAAAGGUAUAAUAUGCAUGUCGGUUACCUGAAACCAAGGCGACGACAAACAGGCUCGGGCAGUUGCUCUUUCUUCUCCGCGCAAACACAACAACCCUCUGAGAAGAUCUUUCGCGUCACUCGAUAUUUUGAUGAAAUACUCUUCGGGGAAACAAAAGUCACAUUUCAGUAUGUUCGUGGUAGUCUCCUCGAUAGAGUCAUCCAAAAACGGCGAGAGUCCACUGCAACGAAAUAAAAUGAAAGACGUUCUUCGGGUAUUGACCAGGCAAUCGCUUCGGACUCGGCACGCCGAAGAGGACGAGAACAAACCGACGAUGCCACAGUACCUUAAAAGCACGUAAAUGAAAACUCCAGCAGCCCACAUAUCCGUAUAAGGGCCCAUCGGUUUGCCAAGGACAGAUUCUGGAGCCGCAAAUUCCAAAUCGACCGGAGGAACCACAUGGUCCAACGGCGCUGUUCUUACAGCUUCGCCGAAAUCGAUCAACUUGAUGGCAUCUUUGUCUCGAUCGGUUAGAACGUUUUCCGGUUUCAAGUCCAAAUGAGCUCGUUUUCGCGAAUGUAACCACCAUAGCGCCGACAACAACUGACCGGUAUACUUCGAAACGGUUCCCUCCGUGUAUUCGUCCUUACCAGCCAGAUACGCGAACAACGUCGGACCGUUCACUCUACGAACGAGCAGAACGUCAAUGAAACGAAUCUCGUAAGAGAAUGAAAAAUGAAAAUGUCGAGGGCGAGCAAGGAGGGAGAAGAGGUGUAUACUCACAGCUCUAAAACUAUGGUAUCGGUGUCCGGUUGGGGCACCUCCUCGAACAAAGCAUACGCUCGGACGAUGUUGUCGUGACGAGAGACUCGCAGCAGAUCGUACUCUGCUCGCGUCAAGAAGCGCGACUGCUUCAGUCGAGAUAUUUGUUUGAGCGCCACUUUCCGACCUGUUCCUUGAUCCUUCGCUCGGUAAACUUUCGCAAACCUACCGUGUCCUACUUCUUUUAGAUCUACGUACGUCUCGGUGAACCAUGCUGCAUCCACCGCUGUUGCUUCCCGACCCAUCGUCUCCGCGUUGUUCGAGGAUGAACUCUUUACGGGAUGGACGAGCAUGGCAUCGUCGAGGAUCAUCGACGACUCGUUGUCGGCCGAGUCAGCGGACUGAGAGGGGGAGAUGUUUUCGUUCGCGACAUUCCAAGUGUUUGGUCCAAUACCUACAAGAUCGAUCGGUUACGGUUUUUACGAGAAAACACAAUCGGUUGGGUUUCUAUGGUAUUACUGAACGCGUGUAGCGCAUACAACACGUGCCACGGACAACGUACCCACAACGCGGAGAGGAAUUUUCGCCGAACAAGAACCGGUUUCGUGGUCGACGCGGCAAUGGUAAAUUCCGGAAUCGGAGGGCAGGCAAGGAACAAUUUCGAGAGAAAGAGAAUCGGCCGUUUGAAAAAGUCGAUAUCGCUCGCUUCUCUCGAUGUCGCAUCGUUGUCCCUCCUUUUUCCAAGAAACAAUCGCUCGUUCCGCGUGACGAACUUCCAGUACAAGUCGAGCCACGCCACCGGCCGUCGCCCUGAUCGAACACGGAAUAGUCAAGAUCGCGGGAGGACCGUUUUCUUCCGCGGCCACUUCUCGCGGAACAUGGACAUUCUCUCCGUCGGAAUCGAUUCUUCGCGGACGAAAAGACCAUGCGCGGCUGAUAGACGAAUUCGGAACAAGACUCGCCGGAAUCCAAAAUUCUUCCUUCUUUCCGACCACUGGAGACACGAUCAAGCCUGGACCAUCCAAUCGAAAGAUCUCCAGCUCUUCUCCAGCAUGCAACUUUCCCCAAUCCGCGGUCAACCUCACUCUGCUACCUGGAACGAUCUGCGGAAUCUACCUAUUAACAGUGCGCCGAUCUCUUUCUUCUUUCAGCUAUGCAUGCACCGGCUUGUUCUCGAUACUCGUCGCGCGCGCGCUUCAUCCAAAUUCGUCCAACUCACCGAGAGCUAUUCCCCGUCUUUCGAUUUCCUUCAACCCCCCAAAGCUUCUCUAACGCGAUAUCCAUAUUUUGCACACGUUCACGCCGAUUAGCAACGCAACUACAUCAAUACGGUAGAGCGAUUCAUUGACCAGGGAAAGAAAAAGCAACAAAGUGUGCUAAUCUAAAAGAAACGACAGAGAUAGAUAGGUAGAGAAGGCAAGGGAUUAAAGAAGAGACAGACAGAGAGAGAGAGAGAGAGAGAGAGAGAGAGAGAGAGAGAGAGAGAGAGAGAGAGAGGAAAAAAGAGAGAAGAAAAGAGACGAACAAGGAAAUAUCAGUGUACAGCAACAUUGAUGGACAGCACUAAUAACACCUGUAAUGUCACGUAUGUCUUUAAAAGGAUUUCACGAUACAAAACUGACGAUAACGGAAUGCUGUUUAUAGUGGAAUGAUAACGAUAACGACGAAGACGGCGGCGGUGGCAGUAGCAAGGACGUUUUUGAUACUGACGUCGGCGACGACGACGGCGACGGCGACGGUGGUGGCAACGAACGGUAACGCCGACAACUACGACCACUACAACGAUGACGACGAUGACGACGAUGAUAACGACAACUAUAAUAGUAGCAGUAACGGAAAAAGGAAGGUAUGUACAUAAUAUGUAUAUGUAUAUACAUAUGUACAUCCUCUGGUACAUAACAUACAGCAUAUGAGAUACGAUAAUCACGGAAUCGUACAUACUACUUCUAGUUGAGAGUGAAAAUACGAUUGCACUAACGACGGAAAGUGUUGGUCGAGUGUCUAGAGUUGUUACGAUAUGUGCAUAGUUUGGCGACUCUUGGCGGAAAGAUACAAACUUGUUCGGUAAAGAAGCGCGUCGCGUCAUCUCUCCGAUCUUUCAAUGACAAAAAUGAGAAAACUUAUCGCUGCACCAACGAAAAGUUACACGAUAGAGAGGGAAUAGCAGCAGGCAUCAAGAAGUAGAGAAAGAAGAAUCCUUUUGCUGCAAUAUGCAAGAGUUCUAAUUACGAAUAAGCAAACAGAUUUGUGAAUGUAAAUAUUUUCAACUUGAAUCCGUAGAUUGUUGUUGCUUACCGGAAUAGAAUUGUUGCGAACAGGCGAUCGUGGUCGUAGCGUGCUUCUAAAGCCUUCGAGAAAAUGUAGUCUGCUCUUGGUGGGACUCGGCGUCCGCGAAGAUUCGUCGGUCAAGCCGCUGCCACGAGAUCGUUGUAGAAGCGUGGUUGUCGUGGUUGCUGCUGCUGCUGUUGCUGUUGCGGUUGCUGUCGCUGUCGCUGCGGAUGUCAUUAUCGCCGCUACCAAUGUUUUCGCACCAGAAACAGACGGAGAGACAGAAACAGCAGAGACUUGGUUCUUUUCUUCCUCCGUUGUUUUCGCCGUACACUGAGGCGGUAUCGUCGAUGAAACCGAUGAAAGAACGCUUCCUCGACACGGAGAUUCCGGACUCACGCCACGACUGCACGCCAGCAAAUUAUAAAUGAAAUUCAAACACGGUACUGCAUCUAUGAACACGUGUGCCUCGUAUGCAACAAGUAUCUUAUUUGUAGCUCGAUCGAAUACUCGGAUUGUCUGAUUUUCGGUCUUGUUCGUACCAAGUCUGUCAAUACGCGUCUCAACGAGUUGCAACAGCUUAAACGUUUCAGUAGGUCGGACGAAAGAAUUCUGUUGAAUAUUCACACUUGAGCGUACAAUAGUUACGGUCCCAAGCUGUUGUAACCCAUUAUUGGUAAAAUGUUAAUCGUUAUGUACCUAAAUAUCGGUCGCACGUUUAGUCGACUCGUCAUUCAAGCGCGAGCGGACCAAUGUAAGAAUACAGGUCACCCAAAACCAGAGUGUACGUGUGUGUGCGUGCGUGUGACUCUAUCCAUCCGAUCCCCUACAUCGAGUAUGUUAGUUUACUAGGAAAAUACGUGUGCCGACAAAUACAUUCGGAACAAUUUGAGCUUGUAUGGUUGUAAAUCAUCGACGCAGUACCGUGUUUCCAUAAAUAAUAAAAGAAACAAGCUGUUAGUCGAACGAAAGGUAAGUAGGUUUGCUAGGUGGGCGCAGGACAAGGACGCAUCACACCAGAAUGUUGAUCAAUGUACAAUUUAUUCUAAACAAAAUGUUUACGUCUCGCGAAUCAUUAGUUUUAGUUUAUAUCGUCUUCUGUGAAUGCACAUCUAUGUACAGCAUACUAUCCCCAACUUCUUCCACCUUGUAUUAUAUAAACAUUAUUAAAAGUAUUAUACACUUGCAACGUUAAGUCGUUAAUAGGUAAUGUAUGUGCUUGUGGGGGGUGGAAUAGCACCUGAACUAUACUCAGCGAUGUACACAGGCCCGUUUCAUACACGCACGUACGAGCGUUUCGUUAGACGCGUUAGUAAGCAUGGUAUAGCGUGAAUAAUGCUAUCAUUGUAUUCUUUAACUUGAAUCGACGAAUAAAAGUGUUAACAAAUGAGUAGUAAUUUUGGCAAGAGUAUGAAUUUUGACGUUGUGUUCGUUGUAUUUCAUUGUUACACUUUCUUCUAAUUAAUCUUUUAUCGAGGUCAUUGUGUAUUACUCCACCCCUCACCGUCGCGCGGUCCCACACACAAGUACACUAACAUACAACAUGUAUUUAUACACGGACGCACGUAUUCGUAACGCACGCACGCGUAAAAUACAUGCAGACUCACACCACAGAUACAUAACGCACCAAUGCGGAAACAUGCAGCAGACACGCUCUUCCAUCUUUUUCUUUUCCUUCAAACAAGAGACAUACAGGAAUAGUGAAGAGGGUGGAAUUGGUGUGAGUGAGAAUAUACAUACAUUGUUAUACCUACCCCCGCCUGCACAGGUGU